AGAAGAGGAAGAACAAGAAGAGGAAGAACAAGAAGAGGAAGAACAAGAUGAAGAAGAAAAGGAACUAGAGGACGAGGACGAACGGGAUUCAGAAAACGAAAAGGAAGUGAACGAAGAAAGUGAAAAAGAAGAAGAAAUGGAAGAUGAUGGUGAACCUGAAGAAGAAUACGAAACUUGGGAUGGAAAGAAAGUAAAAGUGGAAUAUUCGGGCACUAAACUGAAGGCAUUACGAGGGAACAUGAAUAUUGAAUAUCCUGAGAAGACGCAGAUUGUCCGGAUAUUUACAAGCUCAACGUUUACAGAUACAUCGGUUGAACGCAAUACUCUGAUGGAAACUGUGUAUCCCAAACUGAAAAUAUUUUGCCAGAAAAAAGGUUUUGAAUUUCAAGUGGUAGAUAUGAGAUGGGGUGUGCGAGAUGAGGCUACAGAUGAUCAUAUGACCACAGAGUUAUGUAUGAAAGAGCUUUAUGCAUGUCAGAAGGUAUCCACUGGCCCAAACUUCAUAACGUUCCUGGGUCAAAAAUAUGGCUACCGACCGUUUCCAGCUAAGAUUGAGGAAAACGAAUUCCAGCAACUCAUAGGUGCAGUUGAUGGUGAUGAAGAUCGUGCGACCUUACAGCGAUGGUUUAGGUUGGAUAGUAAUGCAGUUCCAAGAGAAUAUAUUUUACAACCAGUGACGUCUAUACUGCCAAAUUAUCGUAAUGAGUCAAAUCAGGAACUGAGAAAGGCAGCAUCGAGCGAGUGGUGGACUUGUUUUGAAAGAAUGCAAAUGGCGUUACGAAAAGCUGCAAUGAAAACUCUGGGAAAGAAUGAGCAACAGAAAUAUGUCAUGUCAGUUACUGAAGAUGAAAUUCGUCGAGGUAUAAUCACAGCGACCGAACCUGAAAAACAUUGCUUCUGGUUUAAGAGAGUUAUAUCCGACCUGAACGAAAAUAUUGCAGAUAAGAAGGCAGGUUCAUUCAUUGAUAAAGUUUGGGGCCAAUCCUCCGCGGACAAAGAAGCACAAGAAUAUUUGAACACUUUGAGAGAAGUCGAUCUUCCAAAAGUUUUGCCUAAGAAGAACACAAAUACGUAUAAUGUAAAGUGGAGUACACAAGGUAUCGACCCCAAACAUGAACAGUCUCACGAUCAAUACAUAAAGAAUCUUUGUCAAGACUUCCACUCUGUUCUUACAAAGAUGAUUGAAGAAGGUAUCGCAGAGAAAUUAAGCAAGGAAAGGAGUAACGACGAAGAAAUAUUUGAUGAAGUUUUCCAACAUGGUAUAUUUUGCCAAAAGAAAUGCAAGUCCUUUCAUGGAAGAGAACCAUUCCUUGAAGAUAUAAGAAAUGAAAUUGAGAAUGGUUCGACAACGGUUAUUCUCCAUGGGGAGUCUGGUUGCGGAAAAACAUCAGUUAUGGCGAAACUGGCAUCUUCGGUGAAGAAAUGGAUUGGGGAUCCAAAAGCAACGUUGAUUUUACGAUUUAUUGGAACAACAGCCAAUUCCUUUGCAAUAAGAGACCUACUAAAGAGCAUUUGCGUUCAACUUUAUAAAGCAACUGGUCAUCAGAUAGAAGAUAUGCCAGAUGAUUUAAAAUCGUUGAAAGAAUAUCUAAACACGUGCUUGGAACUCGCGGCUGACAAACAUCCAGUCAUACUUAUCUUGGAUUCUUUGGAUCAAUUAUCUGGAGAUGACGGUGGACUUCAAUUAGAAUGGCUACCGAAAACAUUACCUAGUAAUGUUUACAUGAUUUUAUCCACGCUACCUGAAGAACAAUAUCUUUGCCUACCAAAACUCAAGAUGCAUUUUCCGGCAAAUGUUUUCAAAGGUGUUCCUAAGAUGAACAAAGAGGAAGCUGGAGGUAUUCUAGAUAAGUGGCUCGGAGAUGCAAAACGUUCACUAACAUCUCAACAACGUCAAACUGUCUUAGAUACUUUCAACAAAUGUCCAUUGCCAUUAUUCUUAAAGCUUUCAUUUGAUGAAGCUUGUCGAUGGAAGUCUUAUACCCCUGAGGGUGAAACGAAGCUACCGUCAACGAUACGUGAGAUUAUUCAUUCGUUGUUUGAUCGUCUUGAAAGGAUCCACGGCAAGAUGCUAGUUAGCCAUGCUUUGGCUUAUAUUUCUGCCAGUAAAAAUGGAUUGACUGAAUCUGAGUUAGAAGAUUUACUAUCACUUGAUGACGAUGUCCUAAAUGAUGUUUAUCAAUAUUGGACACCACCUGUACGUCGUCUACCGCCAUUAAUAUGGCUCCGAGUGAGGUCCGAUCUUGGAGAUUAUCUCGUCGAACGAGGCUCAGACGGUGCACGUGUUAGUUUCUGGUAUCAUCGUCAGUUUAUCGAAGUUUCACGUGAACGUUAUCUCGAAGAGCAUGACUCGGUUAAAGUUCAUUUCAAUAUUGCGGAAUAUUUCCAAGGCCUAUGGUCAGAUGGGAAGAAGAAACCAUUCGUUAACAAACAAGGUGAACAUCUUGAAAUGGAUCGUCUUGUUGCUCAACAACCGUUGAUGUAUGAUGUGAACGAGGACUCUGUUGUUUUCAACAAACGAAAACUGGGAGAGCUCCCUUAUCAUUUACUCAAGAGUAACCAAUUGACCGAGUUAAAAGAGGCGGUGUUAUGUAACUAUGAAUUCCUCUUGGCAAAACUUCGAGCUCUGUCGUGUAGUUUGCUGAUGGACGAUUUCAGAAUGGCUGUCAAUGUGUACCCAGAGGAUGAAGAGCUCCAGUUGCUUUAUGACACGAUCAGUUUGAGUGUAAACGCAUUGACGUUGGAACCAAGACAACUGUCGUCUCAACUGAUUGGACGAUUGUUCAACAUGCAAGAUGAUGACUCGUCAAAUCCUUCCAUAUACAAACUCCUUCAACAACUUCGCUCUUCCUCACCUGUUCCCUAUUUUGUUCCACAUGCAAAGUGUCUAACAUCUUCUGGUGGUCCGUUACUACACGCAAUUGCAGAGCAUGAUGAGUCAUAUAUUGAUUCCAUAUGUCUUUCACAUGACAACGCAGAUAUGCUGACAGUCAUACGAGGAGACGAGGGCUUAGAAGUUCGAAUAUUCAACGUUCGUGCUGGUCUAUUAGAACGAAAACUGAUUUUGACCGAACCUGUUCCACAAGUGUAUACCGUUUGGCAUACAAUCAUGAGCCGCCAUGAUAAACAAAAACUUGUUAUGGUUGGUGGAAGACAUCUCUUAAUAUUCCAUUUGAAAAGUGCCGAGAUGAUUCAUCAGAUCGAGGCUUUAGGUGAAAACCAUGAGUUUAAUCAAACAAGUGAUGGAAUACCUCCUGUAGCCCUUGGUAAUGGCGAUCAUAGCCUUGCUUCUUUCACCGAUGAAGGAAUUAAAGUCUGGAACAUGGAAACAGGAAAGUUAGAAUUUAAAGUGUCCGUAAAAGGUGUGGACACUAAAGAAAGCAUGGGUGCUUUAGAUGCCAGUCGAGACUACGUAGCUUAUUGCAAGAAAGGAUCAACAGAUGUCACAGUGAUCAGUAUUACUAGCGGCAAAGUUAUACAUACUAUUAAGUCUUCUGUUGAGAAAAGUUCCGGGGCAUAUGUGAAAUUCAUCAAGUUGACUGACCAGGGAAAGCUUCUGAUUAUGUCAAGUAAUUCGACCGAAUUGAAAGUCUAUGAUGCGACGUCAGGUAAACUCUUGCAAAAUGUCGCUGGUUUCAACGCUAAUACGACCAUAAAGGAGCUGCUCGUUACUAAUGAUGGUAAGAAAUUAAUCUGUCAAGAUAAAUUCGACAUAGCGAUAUGGGAUAUGGAAUCAUGGAAAUGUCGAAAAGUUCUCAGCGACAUGGCAAACUAUCAUUCCCACAACCUGAAGACAAACGAUGGGAGAAUAUUUGUUCAUGCAAAUGUCACAGAUCGUAUUGUUCGUGUUUACGAUGCCUCUAAGGAUGACGGCAAGGAAACUAAGGCAGAUACCGAUUCGACAAACCAGUGGUCGAUUAACCAGAUAAACGCAUUAUACCCCAGUGUGGAUAAUCGCCAUUUUAUAACAAUCGGAUCAACCAAUAUGGGGUCUGAGAUAAGUAUCUGGGAUGUGAAUCAGGGAAAACAAGUUCGUGUUUUCAAGAAACUGAUGUUUUACCCGAGUGUUCUAAGAAUGGCGUCUCCAACACUUGGUGUUGCUUAUAUCUACAACGAAAAAAUGAAUCAUUACGCAGUCGUUGAUUUCGCCGAAGGUAAAGUCGUACGGCAACUUGAGGGAAAAGCUUGCAAGAGGAUGUAUAUGAUGGACCUCCUGGAUGAAGAAAGGAUGGUGUCCUUCACAAGAGGUCGACGUCAUCUCAAAGAUUUGGAAUAUUGUAAGCGGUAAGAUCGUCCAGAAAAUCAAACUUGGCCAGAAGCAUCGUCUGGAAGCAUUUCUACUGAGCGGCAACAAAAAGAUCAUGGUGGUUGCACAGAUUGGAACAU